AUGGCCUCCGAAGCUAGAAUCGGAGCCGGCUUUCACGGCUAUGUGGGCGUGGUUAACCGGUCCCAGCGUGAUAUCGACGGUCGCAAAGAUAUCUCGGCUGCUUUGGCUGCCGAACGGCGUUUUUUCCUCGCACAUGCUAGCUACCGUCACAUGGCCGAUCGGAUGGGAACACCAUACCUGCAACGGGUGUUGAAUCAGCAGCUGACCAAUCACAUUCGCGAGUCCCUUCCGAAUUUGCGCAACCAACUGCAAUCUCAACUGAUGUCGUUAGAGAAAGAUGUGAACGACUUUCGGAACUACAAGCCGGACGAUCCGACCUAUAAAACCAGCGCAUUGCUCAGAACGAUCCGGUCAUUCGAAGGCGCGUUCACCCAGAUUAUUGACGGCUACGCGGCUGAGGUGGACACGAAAGCUCUGAGCGGGGGUGCGGAAAUUAGUCGCAUUUUCCACGAGCGAUUUCCUUAUGACAUGCUCAAGAUCCAAUUUGAUGAGAAAAUGCUGCGACGGGAAAUAGGUAUUGCCAUUCAAAACAUUCAUGCGGUUCGACCCGGUUUAUUCACCCCGGACAAGGCGUUUGAUGCCACCGUACGCAAAUUGAUCGACAAAUUGCGUGUGCCGUCCAUGAAAUGUGUCGACCUUGUUGUCAGUAAACUAUGCGAGGUUGUACAACUUUGCGCAGACAAAGAUGAUGAAUUGGACUUUCGCUUGAUGAAUUCCCGAAUUGGUAUGCUCAUUUGA